UUCCCUUGAGUAUGAGGCUAUUGUUGGGAUUGGUUCACAACGCGAAAUUAAACCUUAAAUACGAUUUUGUUACUUACGCUUUUGACAAAUUUGGUUUAUUUAAAUAAGCUGUUUUUUUGGGUUUUAUUAUUUUCUUUAUAAACUUUACUUUUCACUUUAUAUCAAUCAUUUAAUAUAACCAUGGCGCAAUCCAAAAAAUUUGCUUUCCCUAAAAAUUCGCACUUGAAGCUUUCUGAGUUGAACACUAAGAAUUUAUUGCUUCUUUUGCUCGUUACUGAUGCCUGUCUUGUCUUGGCGGGUUUUGUGGGUUUUACUGUGAUCACUCGUGUUUUCGGCAAUUUUUCAUUUAGUGCUUUCAAAUCGGUGGUCUUCGACGUCAACGUUCUUCUCGGAAAGAAAUGCCCGUUCACCGGCCUUAGGACCAUGCCGAACCUUUCCCUACCUUCUGUUUACGCCGUUCUUGUUUUCUACGCUCUUCUUGUUCCCUUCGGACUAUUCUUCAACUUUUUACUUGUCAAACAUGUAUUGAGGAACAAGAAAAAAACACACUAAUUUAUUAUUUUACA